UAGAAAUAGAGCCCGGAGGAAAAGGGGGAAAAGAAGCGCCCAGCGCGCUAGAUUUGGAAAUUAGGGUUCUUGUGUUUGGUCCCGCGGUAGGGUAGAUUCCGGAGGGGAUCGGUGGGGAAAUCUGGGACACCCUGCGCGCCGGAGCUCAUGGUGGUGUGAAUCGCGUCCCGGAAUUUUAUCGCAGCGAUGGCGAGCGAGAAGAGGCAGAGGCUGGCGGGGGAUGUGGGAUCCUGGGCGCUCAAUGUCGUCACUUCCGUGGGCUUGAUCUUCGUCAACAAGGUGGUUAUGUCGAGCUAUGGCUUUAGAUUCGCUACGACGCUCACAGCGUGCCAUUUUGGAGUCACGUCCCUCGCAGGCUUUGCCUCAGCGGCGCUGGGCUACACCACGCUCAAGCCGAUCCCUUUCUGGGAUCUCUUUUGGUUCUCGCUCGUUGCGAACGUCUCCAUUGUGGGAAUGAAUCUUAGCCUUUUGCUCAACUCGGUCGGCUUCUACCAGAUCGCGAAGCUGAGCAUGAUACCAGUGGUUUGCGUCUUGGAGAGAGUGCUCAACGCCAAAACUUACAGCAGACCGGUGAUACUCUCGGUGAUCAUGGUCGUGUUUGGCGUCGCCAUUGUCACAGUAACAGAUGUGACUGUGAACUUCAAAGGAUUCAUGGCUGCAGUUAUGGCCGUGCUAGCUACGGCAUUGCAACAGAUCUUCAUCGGUUCGUUGCAAAAGAAGCACAACGUUUCCUCGUUUGAGCUACUGAGCAAGACCGCUCCAAUCCAGGCUGCCUCGCUGCUACCUCUGGGACCAUUCAUGGAUUUUGCCUUGACAGGGAACUACUUGUUGAACUACACCUUAUCGACGGCAGCAUUUCUCUUCAUCAGCCUUUCGUGCCUCCUGGCCGUGGGCUGCAACGUAAGUCAGUAUCUCGUCAUUGGCCGAUUCUCGGCCGUGACGUUCCAAGUUCUGGGACACAUAAAAACGGUGUGUGUUCUUGCGAUGGGCUGGCUGUUUUUCCACGACAUAAUCACGUCCAAGAACAUCCUUGGCAUGGUGAUCACGGUGAUUGGCAUGGUUUUUUACGGAAGAGCUGCCGAGGCCGAGAAGAAGGCCGCAGCGGCAGCCCCGGCUUACAUCAAGAGCAACACCAGCAGCGACCCUUUUACUGUUGGCGACGAAGAAGACGUGUCGUUGCUCAAGGCCAGCGAUUUCCAAGAGCAUAUAGGAGCUCCUCCUGUCAAAGACAUAGAGCUGGGAUUCGAGACAAGCAAGCGGUGAUUGUAUAGGAACAAGAAAUGCUUCUUCAAGAUAGAGAAAAAAAAAGGAGAAUUUGAUCCAAUGAAACUGAAGCUUAAAACACAACGAUGGGGCAAUGAAAAAUUAUGCUUUCAGAUAUAAACUUCAAUCUACUUUUAAAUUUUAAAAA